AGCCAUUUUGGCUCGGGCCGACGGGCCCUUCGUCGUGUUUUUGGGGGGGGGGGGGGCCGCGGCGCCAUGGCGGCGGGGAAGCCCCAGGCGGCGGUCUACGACCCCUCCGUCUUCCAGUUCUCCCGCACCCUGGCCUGCGGCUCCUUCGGCCGGGUCAGGCACGCCAUUCAUGACGGUACGCACCUGGCCGUCAAGGUGAUGAAGAAGCAUCAUCUCAUCGAGCUCAAGCAGGCGGACCAUGUCAUUCAAGAGAAGCGGUUGCUGGCACAGGCGGACAGCCCUUUCAUUGUUUACAUGAAAGGCUAUGCGAAGGACAACCAUUACGUAUACAUUGUGAUGGAAUGUGUGCCAGGUGGAGAACUAUUCGCGCAUUUGAGACGGUUGAGGAAAUUUAAGAACGAGCAGGCGAAAUUCUAUGCCGCGCAGGCUGGCCAUGCCAUCAAGCAUAUCCACAGCAAGAACAUCAUCCACCGCGAUGUUAAGCCAGAGAACAUCCUCCUGACGCACCAGGGGUACUGCAAGGGUCGGCGGAUUACGGAUUUCGGAUUCGCCAAGCUCAUGGACCCGGGCACGCGCACCUACACGCUGUGCGGCACGCCAGAGUACAUGGCGCCAGAGGUGCUGGUGAACAAGGGCCACAGCAAGCCCGUUGACUGGUGGGCGCUGGGCAUCCUGACGUACGAGAUGAUGGUCGGGCAGCCUCCGUUCUGCGACGACGACCCCAUGGGGCUCUACCAGAAGGUCCUCUCGUGCAAAGUCUACUUCCCCAAGUUCUUCUAGGGGGACGAGGACGCCAAGGUCCUGGUGAAGAAGCUGCUGGUGGCGGACCUGAGCAAGCGCUGGGGCAACCUGAAGGACGGCCCCGACCAGGUCAUCGGGCACCAGUGGUUCCGGGGCCUGGACGUGCCCGCCCUGCUCCGCUGCGAGCUGCCGGCCCCCUACCGGCCGCGCAUGCAGGACGCGUGGGACCUGUCGAACUUCGAGGAGGAGUGCCCCGACUCCGACGAGCUGCCGAAGCCGGUCACCAUGAACGACCCGUUCGCCGACUGGUGCCACUAGGGGCCCAGCUGCCCGUGCGCGCCGGCGGCGCCCCAGUGGUCCCAGACGUCCGGCGUCGCGGUGGAGGAGGAGGAGGAGGAGGAGGAGGAGGAGCUGCCGAGGCGGCGCAGCAGCCCUGCUGCGCUCCCGGGCCCCAGGGUCGGCGCGCGCGCGCGCGCCCCUCUGUCGGCCGCGCGUGGGAGUGGCCCUUCGCCAGCGUGACCCUGGCUGCGGGCGCGCAGGCGUCCCCCCACCGCUGGCCUCCUCCUCCUCCUCCUCCUCCUCCUCCGCCUGCGCGCACGGCUUGGCCCCAUCCGCUGGCCCCGGCCCGAGCCGCGCGCCAGAGGUCGCCCUCGACCUGGGCCACUCCUGCGUGCCGCCGACGCCGCCUGCCCAGCUGCGCCAGGCCAGGGCGUGCGCGCGGGCAGGCCCUCGGCCCCGGG